CGCGAAAAAACAAUAAUUUAUUUUGGACUUGAACGGAGGAAUGUCACGAGAUAAACUCAACUGCUCAGGACAGUUAACGUAAAUAAAUAGUAGUUUCCCCCUCUGCUAACACGUAACGCAACGGGACAGCCCAGUGAAAUAAAUAAUUAACAGAACGUUAACUGUUUUGCAAAUAAUUUAGUUUGGGAGUUUGUGUUCACAUGCCAACAGCUCACCUGUCGUUAUAGCCACGCCCUGGAUGACGCACCUGGUCAAGAGCAAGGAAGCAAAGGGAUGAACGAAGCAGUUGUUAAUAAUGGAAAAACCCUAGACUGGAAAUCAUCUUGAAACUUUAACCAGGACCAUGGUCGGAAAACUCACCGUAUUUGCUUUUGUUUUGCUAUCUUGCUUUCCCUGCAUUGACAACAAAGACAUUUUCAAUGGGCUGACAUUAAAAGUCUCCAAGUACUCCGUUGUAAAUCCUCAGCUGGUUGACAGAUUGAAAAGGAGCAUCAACAGAACGACACAAUCGAAAGAAAAUUAUGGAGAGGAGACUAUAUCAUAUUCAGUCAACAUAAACAACAGGAAACACCUCCUUCAUCUAAAAAAGAACAGAGACUUUUUGCACCCAAACUUUGUUCAAUACUCAAGUGAUGCCAAUGGUAACCACAAUACGUCAUAUCCAAAACCGCAUGUUCAUUGCUAUUAUCAUGGAGAGGUGGAGGGAUAUGAGGAUUCAGUGGUAGCACUCAGCACAUGCUCAGGCCUCAGGGGUGUUAUCCUCGUUGGAAAUGAGAUAUAUGGACUUGAGCCUGUCCCACAGUCCACCAACAAUGAGCACCUUCUGUACCUACUGAAGGAUAUCAUCUCCGGACCCGCAACUUGUGGGGUUGUCAAUGAGGCAGCAUCUACGCAAAGCCAUGAACCCUUUGAGCCUGGCACAUCACUGACUUCACUGCUUCGGAGGAAGCGCAAUUUACCAGAAACCAGAUAUGUGGAGUUGGUGUUGGUGGCCGAUAAUCUCAGGUAUAAAGUUAAGAAUGGAAACGAGACAGCUGUAAGAGAGGAACUCGUGCAGAUUGCCAAUCUACUGGAUGGGUAUUACAAGCAGCUGAAUAUCCGUGUGGUGCUGGUCGGCCUCCAAAUUUUUAAGGACAGUAACCCUUUCAAUGUGAACGGCUCUGCCCGAGAGGUGUUGGGCGAGUUUGUCCAGUGGAGGAAGAAUGUUUUGUUGCCAAAGAUCAGGCAUGAUGAUGCUCAACUCAUUAUUGGUCGGCCUAAUGCAUACGAUGGUGGCAUAAUAGGUAUGGCCUUUGUGGGAACGGUAUGCCACGUUGGGACAGCCGGAGGAAUCAACGUGUUUAGUGCGAACAACCUGGUUUCAGCCUCCACUGUGGUAGCCCACGAGAUGGGCCAUAAUCUUGGCAUGAAUCAUGACCGUAGCGGAUGCACCUGCAAUGGGAAUAGCGGAUGCAUCAUGGGUGCAGUUAACGGGGGUGUCCCUGCUUUUAGCAGCUGCAGUGCACAAGACUUUGAGAAUCUGAUUGUACGUGGAGGAGGUACUUGUCUGAAAAACCAGCCCUCGCCCUCAAAUGUGGUUGGUGUAGCUGAAUGUGGCAAUGGCCGACUGGAGGAAGGAGAGCAGUGUGACUGUGGAAAACCCGCGGAAUGUAACAAUAAAUGCUGUGAUGCUGCCACCUGCCAAUUUACAUCUGGUUCAGCCUGUGCUCAGGGAGGCUGCUGCUCUAACUGUCAGUUCAAAGUUGCUGGAACACCAUGCAGAGAGUCGGCCAACGCGUGUGAUAUUCCUGAAUACUGUAAUGGCACGGCUGGGUUUUGUCCCAACGACUUCUACGUCAUGAACGGCCUGCCCUGUCAAGACCCCCAAGCUGCUGCUUACUGCUAUGAGGGUCGAUGCCAGACGUAUGAUUUCCAGUGCAAACAUCUCUUUGCACCAGAUCCAGCAACAAAGGCAGCAGAUAUUUGUUUUAAGACUACAAAUUUGAUGGGAGACCGAUUUGGUAACUGUGGAAUGGACAACAAAGGAGUUCUUAUCAAAUGUACUUCGGCAAAUUCCAUGUGUGGGAAGUUGCAGUGUACAAACGUGGACGUCAACAACCCCCCUCCUGGUGCCGUAGUCAGUAUCAAAAUAAUUGAUGGGGCAAAGUGUGUUAAUGCAGACUUCAACCUCGGCCCAGAUGUGCUUGAUCCUGGCUACGCAAACUCUGGCAGCCCUUGUGAAAAAGGAAAGACCUGCAUAAACUUUGAAUGUGUGAACGCCUCUGCUCUGCUGGCCAACCUGAACUGUGAUGCCCGGACAACAUGUAACGGCAAAGGGGUGUGUAAUGACCGAGGAAACUGCCAUUGUGAAAACGGGUGGGCCCCACCUAGCUGUGACCGGGCGGGGCGCGGUGGUAGCAUAGACAGUGGCCCUGCUCAGAUAGACUACUCCCUCAGGGACGGAUUGUUGAUCUUCUUCCUAUUGGUGGUUCCUGUUCUUGUCCUUCUCAUCCUGGUGCUGCUAUACUUCUUCAGGAGAGACACCCUGGACCCAUGCCUCAAAGGACGACACCUUAAGUCACGUAAUGUUGCAAAUCGAAAUGUGAAUGGGAAGUCAAACGGCAUUGUUCAGACAAGUGUCACAACUCAGCCUCCAUUUCCGGCUCCUUCUAAUGCGGCUGGAUAUCCACCAGCUACAGCAGUUCCAAUUCCUGGUUUCAGGUACGGAGAUCAGGAUUAUUGGAACGCAGAUGAAAAUGGGGCCCCUGCACGACCACCAGUUCCAAGGCAGGGCCCAGGAGUACCCAGGCCAAUCCCCCCUAGGCAGAUACCUACUUGAUUAUCUUGUUCUUUAACAUAUUUUAAUGUAUUGGGGAUAUGUAUGUUUAUUAAAGCUCAACACUGUAUGAAGAGAGGUUUUAAAUACUGUGAUAACAAAACCCGCCUCUGAGUUUAAGGUGUACUGGCUUGUUGGUGGUUGAGGCUCAUAGACAUGUUAAGACUCAUUGUAAUAUUUGUUUGAUCUGUUUAUCACCUAUUUUAACUUCAUGCACAUGAAGUAUCUCUUAUCUCUUUUUUGUAUUUUAUGUAGCGUAGAUUUUGAUAUUAUGACUUUAAACCGAAUAAACACAAUUUAUUUCAA